GAGAUUCUGAAAAGAGUCGAUUGAAAAAUGAACUAAGUAAAUUAAUUAAAAAAGAAAAAUCCUACCUCACUCUCUGAACUGUCUUUAUCAAACGAGUAAGCGAUGAAACAAAGAGUGAAGGUUUUCCAGAAAGAAGGCAAGGAGUUACUAUUUUAAUAAUUAAUCGCGGUUGAUUUAUUCCCACCGCCAGACUCAAAAACGACGCCGUUUUACGGGCUCCCUUCAUUAGCGGCGGCUUUGGGGUUCUCUGAACCACGCCGUUUCGGAGGUCCCACCAUCGAAGAAUCUGCAUGCCCCCUUUGUCUUCUCCCUUUUCACACUCCCCAUCACUUCACCCGCCCCUCCAGUAACCCACUUGAGUCUCUCUCUCUCUCUCUCUGUAUGUACAGAUACAUUGAGCUCUGUUCAAGACUCUUUUCUUUUUUCCAUCCGGGGGCUAUUCCCUAUUUGGAGUCUUUGACAAGGAGAAACUUGAGAAAUUGAUGAGGGUUCCACUAGGGCCGGUGAUUGGCAGAUACCCUUCAGCUAAUGGAAGCGACGGGCAGGUCAUAAGGCACAAUAGGAAAUGCAGGGAUGUUGCUUUUCUUGUCCUCUUUAUUGCCUUUUGGGUGGCAAUGAUUGUUAACUCUAGCUUUGGGUUCAAUCAAGGUAACACACUGAGCCUGACACAUGGGUUAGACUACAAAGGUAAUGUAUGUGGUGACAAGCAUGCAAGGCCUAAGCUUCGUGGACUGGAAGUCAGAUAUUGGGUAAAUCCCAACCAGGUUUAUCAAAGUGGACUAAAGAACAGUCAAUUCAAACUAGAACAUGCUAGAAGCAUCUGCCUGAAAAAUUGUCCUGUUGUGUCAGAAGAUUCUCUCAAAUGGAUAUGUGAUUAUCCAGAGGGAGACAUACGCCUGUCAAUAAAUGAUUGGGUUCACAGGAAUUAUGACUACUUCGACUACCUUACCCCAGAAAUGAGAAAUUCUUCCCUAGAGCUUCAAGGUCCCUGUUACCCUGUCCUUUUUCCAAGUGUAAAUGUCUUCUGGAGUUGCCAAUUUAUUGCACAUGCAUCAAAUAUGUCUCUAAAUCAAUGGCAGCAGAUGGGGGGAGUUGCUAUCAGUGAAGACUUGUUAAUAGAUAAAUCUAUUCACAAAUUCAUUAAUUCCAGAUCAUCUGUCUUGAAGAGAUAUGUUGCUGAUAUUGGAAAAACAUGGCCAGUCCUGAUCGUUUGUGGAGGCAUCAUACCACUAUUCUUCUCUUUGAUGUGGUUGUUGCUGAUCAGACAUUUUGUUUCUGGGAUGCCUUGGAUAACGGUCAUCUUCUUUGAUGCUCUUAUAAUAUCAGUUACUAUCUUCUACUACUUAAAAGCUGGAUGGAUUGGAAAUGAUGCUGUCUCCCCAAUUAUUGGCAAACAUGAUCCUUACUAUCAUGUGUCUGGGAGGGAGCGAAAUCAUCUACAUGCUGUUGCAGCUCUUAUGACCAUUGUAAUGAUUAUAAGUAUCCUCUCUUCAAUUGCAAUUGUCCGGCGCAUCCUUAUGGCAACAUCUGUCUUGAAGGUUGCUGCCAAAGUCAUAGGAGAAGUACAUGCUCUAAUUUUUUUUCCUGUCAUGCCAUAUGCUAUUCUAGCAAUCUUUUACAUGAUCUGGUUUGCUGCCGGCAUCCAUAUUUCUAGCUCUGGUCAAGUUGUCCAGAAUAACUGCAAGUCGAACUGCUGUGCUUAUGACCUUGGCUUGAAGAGGGUGAGCUGUGAUCGCUGCUGUGGUUAUAGCUUCCACUACACUCCUCAUAUAGGCCUUGCCAUUGCAUUCCACCUCUUUGGGUGCUACUGGGUCACACAAUUUUUUAUAGCAUGUUCUUCUACUGUCAUUGCAGGAUCAGUUGCUACUUAUUAUUGGGCUCAUGGUGAACCACCGCUGCAAGAAAUACCAUUCAUUCCAGUCUUCUCAUCAAUGAAGAGGCUCGUGCGGUAUGGUCUAGGUUCUGUGGCAGUCGGCUCUCUAAUUGUAUCACUUAUUGAAUCAUCACGGGGGAUACUCAAGUCAUUUAGGAGGAUAUUAAAAAUCAGUAGUUCCAGACCUGAAAACUGGUUUGGAAAUGCAGCAUUUCAUUCUUCUCGUUGCAGCCUUACAUGUAUUGAGUGGACCAUCAAGUCUGUGAACCGCAAUGCUUAUAUUAUGAUUGCUAUAACAGGUAAAAGUUUCUUUAACGCAUCUGCAAUUGCAACAGAGUUAAUCAGGAAUAACAUUCUCCGGAUUGGGAAGGUGAACGUUAUUGGAGAUGUGAUUCUCUUCUUUGGAAAAUUAUGUGUGAGCCUUUCAAGUGCCAUCUUUGCAUUCCUUAUGCUCGAUACUCAUAGAUACAGAUCUGCCCACAACAAGAUCUCUUCGCCUUUGUUUCCUGUGCUGGCAUGCUGGGCCAUCAGUUAUGUUGUGGCCACACUCUUCUUUGCAGUGGUGGAGAUGUCUAUCGACACAAUAAUUCUUUCCUUCUGCCAAGACUCCGAGGAUCAUCAAGGCAAUGCGCAGUAUGCUCCCCCGCUUCUUAUGGAAACACUGAACGAUCAAAAUGAGACGCGAAGUCUCACCUAGUGAUCGCGGUGGCAUGGCACACUUCUGUCGGAUAUAGCUCAAGGGGUGUUUAUACAACUCACAGAUGAUCCAACUGGUUUUUGGUCUUAUUCACUCUCCCAUGUACAGAAGUAACAAAUUUACCCUUCACUAAAGUAUGGACUUGUAAACCAAACAUGGGAAAAAUUUAACAAUCCUCCUCUUUAAAUGGGUCUUGGUUCA